AAAAGCUCUAUGUUUUUCAGUGGUUUUGCAGCAACUAGCGAGUGGAAGUUUCUAAUCUGUCAACGCCAAUAUCUUAACCCUUGUGUGCUUUCCUUAUUCUUGAAAAUGUCGUCCCUAAGAAAUGCUGUUUAUAGACGGGCUCACAAGGAACGAUCUCAGCCACAAUCAAGAAAAAAAUAUGGGCUUCUCGAGAAACACAAGGAUUAUGUUGUGCGUGCGAAGGCAUUUCACAAAAAAGAGGAUGCUUUGCGUAAACUCAAAGAGAAAGCAGCAUUCAGGAACCCAGAUGAAUUUUACUUUAAGAUGAUCAAAACAAAAACAGUGGAUGGAGUCCACAAAUCGGAGAGUCAAGCUAACAAAUACACUCAAGAAGAACUCAUGUUAAUGAAGACCCAAGAUAAAGGAUAUGUCCUGCAGAAGCUUCAAAGUGAAAAAAAUAAAAUUGAAAAGCUAACAGCCGUGCUACAGUCUCUUGAUAAUCAACCAUCAACCAGACAUGUUUUUUAUGCUGAAGACAGGGAGGAUGCCAAAGAGAUGCAGUUACGAACAUCAAAAGUUGGAAAGGUGCCGGUUUUUGAGGAUAGAAUUAAAUGGCGCAUGGCUUUCUUUUGUUCCCUUCAUAUAUUUAAAAAUAUUGUGGUUUUGAGUAUUUGCAGGAAAACAGCCGCUUCCUACAGAGAGCUGGAGGCGCGAAAAGACAGAGUGAAUGACUUGGAGAAAUUAUACAUGGAUAUGGCUAUGCAGAAAGAACUACAGAAAAAGGGGCGGAAACGCAAACUUCGUGAAGAUGAGAUUGUAUGUCCAACCUCCAAACCAGUAUACAAGUGGCGGCCAGACCGAAAACGAUGAAGGUGGCUCCAUCUCUCAAUGUCUUGUUGGAUUUGUUGUUCCCAUCAACUUUACCAAAUUAAUAAUUGA